CCCCAUUUCAUUUCAAUAGCCACGACGACACAACCGACUAGAAAGCUAAAACCCCAGAAACGAAUAAACCCCACACAACAUUUCGGACUCGGUUUCGUCGCCUGGAAUUGAUGAGGCAACUACUGAGGUCCUUCACGAGGCUCGGAGGUGUUAGGAGUUACAGCGCCGUAAAAAAGGACCUUCGGAUUGAGGGUGUUAAGCAUGCCAUAGCUGUUGCUUCUGGUAAAGGCGGUGUGGGCAAGUCCACCACUGCAGUUAAUCUGGCUGUUGCACUUGCUAACAAGUGUGGAAUGAAGGUCGGCUUGCUUGAUGCCGAUGUAUAUGGACCAAAUGUUCCGAUCAUGAUGAAGCUCGAAGGAAAGCCAGAAGUGACCAAAGAUAAAAAAAUGAUUCCAAUAGAGAGCUAUGGAAUCAAGUGUAUGUCGAUUGGACUUCUUGUGGAUAAGGAUGCACCACUUGUUUGGAGAGGUCCUAUGGUAUCAAGUGCUCUUGAAAAAAUGACAAGGGGGGUUGACUGGGGAAAUCUUGAUAUUCUUGUGGUAGACAUGCCUCCUGGCACUGGUGAUGCUCAUAUAACUGUAUCCCAAAGGCUGCAAUUAUCUGGUGCAUUGAUUGUUUCAACACCUCAAGAUGUUGCACUAAUGGAUGCUCGCAGAGGAAUUAAUAUGUUCUCUAAAGUUGAAGUGCCGAUUUUGGGGAUUGUUGAGAACAUGAGCUGUUUUAAGUGUCCAAACUGUGCUGAACGAUGGUUCAUCUUUGGGGAAGGAGGAUCUCGUAAGACGGCAGCAGAGAUGGGAAUAGAAGUUGCUGGUGAGAUACCAUUAGAACUGGGGAUCAGAAAAGGCUCUGAUGACGGUGUCCCAAUAGUAAUAUCAGCUCCUGAUUCUGAUGUCUCGAAAGCAUAUAUUGAGGUGGCUCAGAAAGUUGUCAGCAGACUUGAGGAAUUAUCAAAGGAACAACAUUCACGUCCUGAGAUUUCCCUUUGAUUUUCGCGGUGUUCCUGUCUUUAAUCUACAACUGAUGUUUUUAUGCUGUUCAGUGAAGUAGAAUUUAUUCAUAGCAUAAGAAUAGUUUGCCUGACAAAUUAUUCAACUGUCAAUAUUCUGCAUUAUCCCAUACCAAUCUUAACCUUCUUGAUUUGAAUUAUUAAAUCAUUCUCAGUGUGCACCCACUCAAAAGUAUAGAAGGUCCCGGAAAUAAGGGGUGAGAAAGGAGGGUAUCCACUUCGUAACUUUGACACAUGACAGAACAAGGCUCUUUAUCUUUUUCAGGUCAAUGACAGAACAUGGUUCAUAUUCCAAAUUGAAAGGGUAGUGUCAACUGUCAAGGAACAUUUCAGAAUAUGCAUCAUGCAAAUGAACCUCUACUAUUGGACUUAUCUUUCAGAUCUUUAUCAAAGCCAACACAACUUGUCAACCAACUUUUAUGCACCCUAUGGAAAAUGUAGAGCUAUAAUUUUUUGAAUCAACGAGUUAGCUUUAUAGUAUGAACAUAGUUAUCCUGUUCUGUU